AUGAGAGAACUGGAGAACGACAACCUCAAUCGAUUCCUUGGACUGUGCCUUGAUGGGCCACAAUUGCUAUCUAUAUGGAGAUACUGCAGUAGAGGUAGUCUCAACGAUGUCAUCACCAAGGGAUCGAUGUCAAUGGACAGUAUUUUUGUAUUCUCACUCAUAAGAGAUGUUGCAAACGGUCUGGCAUUCAUUCAUCAUUCGUUCUUGGAAUACCAUGGUUUUCUGACAUCUAAAUGCUGUGUGGUCGAUGACCGUUGGCAAGCGAAGGUUUCCGACUACGGACUGAGAAAAUUGCGUUUGUAUGAUAAGCGCAUGCCACAA